AGAAAACAGUGGGGAAAAGAGGGCUGCUUCCUGCGGCUCACACAUGUACACAGUAUCAAACUAGAUGAUGGCUUCUUCAAAGAGUAAUCAGUCCACAAACAGUGGCCUUCAAGACAUGAAUUCAGACACUAACGACGACGAAAAUGGCGAGUUGUGUCCCGGUUUUAAAGACGUGGAUGCCUUUGUUAAAUAUGGAUUGGGUGCUGUAUUGUCCGCCACCAAAGCGUCCGCCGCCUUGCCUCAAGCUGGAGAUGAGUAUGAUUUCUACCGCAGCUUCCCAGGCUUCCAGGAGUUCUGUGAAAGUCAGGGGGAUAAGCUCUUGCACUGCAUGAGUCAGAUAAUGCAGCACCACGGCUGCAGAUCCCACAUGAGGGACCGGAACAAGCUGACAGGGCAGGAGGAGAGGUUCGACUUGGUUGUGGACUCAAACGACGUCAUCCUCGAAAGAGUGGGGAUUCUUCUUGAUGAAGCUGAUGGGGUGAACAGGAGCCAGCAGCCUGUCAUGCCUGCAGGAUUUCAGCCUCCCAAGAUUGUGGUUUCCAGCUGGAAUCGCAAGGGUACAGGUUCUGGCAGUCGUUCUGAGAUGUUCCGACUGCUCCACGCCAAGAAUGUUACGAGGCCUCAGCUGAAAUUCAAGGAAAAAGUUGACAACAGCAACACACCAUUUAUUCCCAAGAUCUUCAUCAAGCCCAACGCAAUGAAGCCUCUUCCUUCUUAUUUCACCAACAAACAAAUCCGUAAAGAGAGACCCGAGGACCUUGACGUCCCAGCUGCCCUCGCUGACUUCAUUCACCAACAGAGAACUCAGGAACAUGUUGAAGACAUGUUUGCACACCCAUACCAAUAUGAAUUGGACCAUCUUACAAUACCAGAAAGCUUUCUGUCUAAGCCAGUGGCACAGAUGUACAAACCAAUGGAUGAGACCAGGUGCUCCUUCAUUGACACACUGGAGGAUCUGGUGGCUCUGAAUGAGAAGCUCUGCAAAUUGCCUGAGUUUGCUGUGGACCUUGAGCACCACUCCUACAGGAGUUUCCUCGGCCUCACCUCGCUGAUGCAGAUCUCCACCAGAGAGGAAGACUUCAUCAUCGACACCUUGGAGCUCCGCAGCGAGAUGUACAUCCUAAACGAGGCGUUCACUGACCCGGCUAUUGUCAAGGUAUUUCACGGCUCCGACUCUGACAUUGAGUGGCUCCAGAGGGACUUCGGCUUGUAUGUUGUCAACCUGUUUGACACGCAUCAGGCCAGCCGAGCUCUGAACCUGGCUAGACAUUCCCUCGACCACCUGCUCAAACACUUCUGCAAUGUGGACUCAGACAAACGCUACCAGCUGGCUGACUGGAGGAUCCGCCCUUUGCCAGAUGAGAUGGUGCAGUAUGCCCGGACAGACACCCACUACCUCCUUUACAUCUUCGAUUCUGUGAGGGCACAGCUGUUGGACUUCAACCACGGUCAGCCUGGCCUUCUGCAGAGUGUCUGGAACAAAAGCAAAGACAUUUCUCUGAAGAAAUAUAUGAAGCCUAUAUACACAGAGGAGUCAUAUCUGGAGCUGCAGAGGAAGCAGAAAAGGUCUUUUAACACCCAGCAGCUCACUGCCUUCAGACUGCUGUUUGCCUGGAGGGACAAGCUGGCCAGGCAGGAAGAUGAAAGCACCGGAUACGUCCUGCCUACCCAUAUGAUGAUCAAGAUAUCUGAGGAGCUGCCCAAAGAGCCUCAGGGCAUUAUUGCCUGCUGUAACCCGGUACCCCCGCUGGUGAGGCAGCAGGUCAAUGAGCUCCAUUUGCUAGUGCAGCAAGCUAGGGAAAUGCCUCUCCUUAAGGCUGAGAUUGCAGCUCAAAAGAAGAAGGGACUCACACCCAUAAAAAAGCCAGAAGUCCUGUUAUUUGGUCCUCAUGAUACAUCCAGGGUCUCUGAGAGUGACCUCCACCCCUUUUCUCCUGAUGAACUGCCUGUGAAACAAGGGAUGCUUUUCUCAGAUGAUGAGCACAAAAUGGAUGUUGAUGUACAGAGAACAAGUGGCCUUGUGGCAGCAGCUAAAAUCACACUGUUUGAGGAGCUGGAAACACAGAAUGACCAAGAGCCCCUCCCUGUGCCUCAAAUGAAAGCCAGACGUAUCAUUGAGUCUUUUGAAAACCCUUUCAGAAUGUAUUUACCCUCCAGCGAUGUGCGCGUCAACAAGAAUGCCAAGUUUGACCCAUCCUCAAAAAUAUUUGAGAUUAGCAAAAGAUGGAAACUGCAGAGUAUCGAGCAGCAACAAAAGGAGUUGGAGGCCAAGAGGAAAGCCAAAGAAGAAGCAAAGGAACACAUAAAGAAAGUGGCAGAGGAAAGAACCAAAGCUAAACAGAGCUACCAGGAGUCUCUUCAGAACGUUGCCACUGUUCGCCAGCAAGCAGCGGAAUCUGAGAAGGGCGGUGGAAAGAAAAGAGAGAGGGUUGCCAGUGAGGUUGGAGAGUCGACUCCCAAACCGAGUAAGAAGCUGAUGAAAUCUGUAGAGAAGCCCCAGAAGACAGAACCCCCUCCCCAAGACAGCUUCAAGCCCUUCGACUACAGUCAGUCAGACCUCAAAGUCUUCGCUGGUAACAAAGCCAAGGACAACACACAGUUUGAUCCAAGCCGGCAAGCCCAUGGUUUUAAGAAAAAGAGGGGUGGUGCCAAGGGACAAAAAUCCAAUUUUGGAGCUGCAGGCAGAAGUAUGUCAUACCUGGCUGGGAAAUCUGAUAGAGGAUUCCGGCAUAACUGGCCCAAAAGAUAAACUCUCUUCGAUGCUAUUUUCUGUGUUAUUUUUAAGAAAGCUUUUCAUCUUACAGAAAGGAUUUUUUUUUUUUUUUUUUUCAAUGCCAAUGAAGUUCAGUAUUUCAAUAUUUGAUGAAUUUCAAAGUGUAUUUUUUU